AUGGUGGUGCUCGAGGGUGGUGGCGCUCUACUUGAGCCGGCUCUAGCCCUCGACGGCGCGACUGCGGCCUGCCUCGAACGUGCUUAUGCCCAAGCAGACGUUUCGCUUAAGCUAUUACCAAAACGGUACAUUAACCUCCAUCAAUGGUUGUCUCCAGUGACAACUUCCGUCACUGCGGCCUCCGCUGCUGGAAAAGAUCUCAAAUUGCAAAUCACAUUAAUAGACGCUAAAGUCGGAUUGGAAAGCGUAGCCUUUUGCGCGUGGAGAGACCGCCGCGGACCGUCCGCAGUAUCUCGCCGCUCGAUCUUCCCGCAUUCAUACCGUAUUCCUGAAAUACCCAAAUGA